AUGUCGCGUGCGUUAUCUUCUAACAAUGUGUUGAUUGGAGAUGAAAUCAAACCGGGAACUAUCAUUUUUUCGAUUGAAAGUGGGAAAAUUUUACAUAUAGAAGAGAGGGUUUUAGAGGUGUCGGACCAUAUAUUGCGGGUAUAUAAUGUGUUGCCUUACGAUUACAGAAAUGUUUCACCUUUGGUGAUCAUGCCGGGGUUGGUAGAUGCUCAUGUGCAUCUUAACGAGCCAGGAAGAACUGAGUGGGAAGGAUUUGCUACUGGGACCCAGGCAGCAGCUUCUGGGGGAGUAACCACGGUUGUCGACAUGCCGUUGAACGCCAUUCCACCCACCACGACCAUAGCGAACUUCAACUUGAAGAUUAAUGCAGCCAAGGGCCAGACGUGGGUGGACGUCGGAUUCUGGGGAGGCAUGAUACCACUGAACUUAGAGCACUUGAAGCCGUUAAUUGCGAUGGGAGUCAGAGGAUUCAAGGGUUUUCUUAUCGAUAGUGGUGUUGAGGAAUUCCCUGCUAUCGAUACAGACUACAUUAUGCAGGCUAUGAACCUAGUGAAAGGCCUUCCUACGUUGUUAAUGUUCCAUGCGGAGAUGCAACCCAAGCCCAAGGUGACUCACGAGGCAUCGACGAUCGAACAAGUGGAAGAUGAGACACCGGAAUUACCCAAGGAGACGUCAGCCCAUUUUACUUUUGGCGAAGAGUCUGAUUAUGAAAUGGACGAGGCUCAAUACACUAAACCAAUUGACAAGAAUCUUCGAAAAUUGUCAAAAGAAAUUGAUGCCAGUGAAGUAGGAAUGACCGAUUCUUUCGUGAAGAGAGCACCCACUCCAGUGGUUGAUAUUUUGGCUACGCAAAAGUGUAGCAACGAAGAUCAUGACUAUUGUUCUUUACCUCAUAAUCAUGCUGGUUCCAUUGACCACUCGGUGUUGAGUGACGAACAAGCAAAAGCAUUAGCGAAAUCCUCGUUAUUGGCAGCAGCCGAUCCCACUCAUGGGAGAUACGCUAAGAUGGCCAAUCAUAUUUCCAACCAAGACCAACACCCAGAGGACUACGAAUCAAUUGAAACAAUGGAAAUCGAUCAAGAACACGAACGUCACCCUUUUACAAAGGAACAAUCAGUCGAUGCUCCAUUAGUUUUGGCGCAAAAAGAUGAUUCAAUAUUAGAAGAUAUCGAUCCUUCAUCCUACGCUGCAUUUUUAGCUUCAAGACCUGAUAAUUUUGAAACAACGGCCAUUGCCGAAAUCAUAAACUGUUCCACCAAGGAACCUUCUGUUCCAUUGCAUAUUGUUCAUUUGGCUACUCAUGAAGCCAUCCCAUUGGUUAGAGCUGCCAAGGCCCAAAAUUUGCCUAUUUCAGCUGAAACAUGUUUCCAUUAUUUAUCUUUAGCAGCUGAGAAAAUUCCAAACAAUUCCACUCAUUUUAAAUGCUGUCCACCAAUUAGAACAGAUGACAAUAGAAAGUUAUUGUGGAAAGCAUUAAGAAAUGAUAUUAUUUCAACAGUGGUAUCUGACCACUCUCCUUGUACCCCAGAAUUAAAGGGUUUAGAAAAGGGUGAUUUUUUCUCUGCUUGGGGUGGUAUAUCAUCAGUCGGAUUCGGCUUGCCUAUUAUGUAUACUGAAGGUUCAAACCAAGAACCUCCUGUAACAUUGCAGGAUAUCAGCAGAUGGUGUUCCUGGAAUACGGCUAAACAAGUAGGCUUAUCGAAUUCGAAGGGUAAAAUUGAUAUAGGAUUUGAUGCCGAUUUCUUGUUGUUCGACCCAGAUGCCGUUUACACCAUUACGAAUAGUAAAACAUUCUUCAAAAACAAAUUAACUGCAUAUGACGGCAUGGAAUUUAAGGGUAGGGUAAUGGAAACCAUAGUAAGAGGUAAUUCAGUAUUUGCCUUAGGAAAAGGUCACUCGGAUAUUCCAAUGGGUAAAUUAAUACUAGAACCUAGAGUUAAUUAA